CUAAAUAAAAAGACUAUCAUACUAGCUACUCCAAUAGAUGAAGAGUUGUCACGAUUUUUUCAGAUCUUAGAGAGCGUAGACCAUACAAUGAUGCCAACAUCUUCAAUGGUCCUGCAACUGCUGUGGGUUAUUUUAUGGGAUCGGAGUGGUGCCGUUAGGUUUUGAAGAAAUGCAAGAGCGCACCUUGGGUUCGGCUUUUUUGUUGAGGUCCCUGAGCUCUGUGGCCAGAGGUUGGUCGCCGCUCUUUAUGCUGUUGAGUCUUGCGUGAGAGCCAUUUUCCAAGACUUCUUAAGUACCAUCUCCUUAAAUAGGGCACCUUUCGGUACCCAAAGAGGAUGGCCGACGAAAACAAAACAAGAAUGAGAAGCCAAAAUUGGGGGUGUUCAAUACAGCCUCAUCUUUCUUGUCGAGAAGAUCAACUCGCAUGGUCGUUGGCAUAGUUUGCGGUGCGCCAUUGCCAAAAAUCGUGAGGAUAAGUCUAUGUAGGAAGCAGCAAGGGCUUGAUCGGCCGCCAUAAAAAGCGAACCACCUCAUCAACCGAGCCUUCAGAGGAUUGCCGCAAAAGUUAGUUGUCCAUCCUCAUUGCAUUGUGUUGCUUGUUAGCAUUUUUAGAUAAUUCGGUUUCCCCUCCUGAUAGCGCGGAACAUACACCAUCAUCACCAUGACGAAUUCGAUGAGAGAUACCAUCUUAGCCGACGAGACCAUUGGUCCUGUAGUACGUGAGGUGGAACGUACCUUGCUGUUUACUGAUGUUCCAUGUGGAGCCAUGAAGACGAGAGACUGUGAUCAGGCACAGUGUGCCGACACGGACGAUGAUGUGGCCCAGGGUUUCCUAAAGUUUUGCGGGGGGCUGGAACGUGCCUUUUGCUUCACUGAUUUGGAAGAUAUUGAUGAGUCUGAAAUGGAGAGAAUCAAGUCCUUGAGCGUCAUUGAAAACGCGACAUCGACGACGACACCGGUGAAGGAUACCCCAAUUGUCGAAACUGCCGACACUGAAUCGUGCAGCGAUGACAGCAACCCCGCUGCCAUGGAGGUUGCCAUUGAAAGGCCUGAUCCUCCUUCUGAGCUCAAGGAAUCAACUAAGGAGGAAGAGACAGCAGCUCCAACAGAGGGUGCUGCUCAGGGAGGGGAUGUGGCCCAAUCAGGAGAUGCCGAAGUCACCGAGGAGGCUGUUGCCAAGGCCGAAGAAACCGGAACUCCUUUGGAAAUCAGCAACAAUGAAGCACCCAGGAUGACUCAGUCGGAACCGGUCUUGCCUCCUGCCAAUGCCAUGCAGGCAUCCACAAACACGCUCAACAAAAGCACCCCCACCAACAGCCUCCAAGCUGCCAAGGCGGCCAAGGCGGCCAAAAACAAGGAUGGAAAGAAGAAAAGGAAAAGUUGGGGACUCUUCCGCAAGAGUAGGUCCGCCAAAGCUUCUGUCGUCUAAAUAAAGAGGGUUCCUUUCCAGGUCUUCGUCAAACAGGUUAUAUAAACAAGAGGGACUAUCGUUCGAUUGAGUUGUGCUUUCAUGUCAGAAGCUUGGCACCAAAGAAUCACCUUCAAGCCUCAGCUCCAGUGUCUUGCUACCGCCAGGGCCCAACUCCAAGCAUUAUCUUUUCAAUGUGUUGAGAUCUAAGCCUUUGUAGUUACUAAUGUUGGCUUACUAAGCAGUAUUUGUUGCAUUUU